AUGAAACGUACACGUGGAACGCUUGGAAGAGUCCUGAAGUCUCUAGCCGCAAAGUGGUUUGGCAAGGUUCUUCCCGUGCGUGUUGCCGGGUUUGCUGAGCAAUUUGGCAAAGGCGGCUCGACCUGGGGUCCGAUGUCACGUUGGGCUCCAGAGAGUGCAUGUGUCGCCAGCGUGCUAUCUCCUGAUUUCUCUGAUGCUGCUGCGGUGAAGCGCUUCGAUGCAGUGAGACGGCAUGUGCAAUGCAUUUUUGCAGCAAGAGCGAAGUUGUGGGGCAAUGACUGGUGUCCGCAAGCUUGUGGUGCAGACUCAGAGGAGGCAAUUCUGGCAGUUAAUGUGGCACUGUGUCUUCCGCGGCUGCUGCGCUUCUGCUUGAUGGUCAAGCAAGGGGCAGCUCUGGAUGGCUUUGUGUUUGAGAUUCGUGGAAGAAAUUACUGCGAUGAGCUUGCGAGCUUCGCGACGACUGUUCGGAAAGUUCUGACGGGUCUUAGUGCUGGCGACCCUUCCGGCACAGACUGCUUCAAGGGGAGAGUGGAUGGCCGUGGCUGGUAUUUUCAAUUUGCUCGAGAGCCAAUCUUCGUUACCACUUUUGCGCCUUGUUAUGACAGUGCGCAUCCGAGAUACCAAUUCAACCAACACACAGACUCCUGCUUCAUUCUCCUGCAGCCAGAGGAAUCAUUCCUCCGGCAUGAUCUCCCCCCAGACAAGCCGCGAAGUGCGACGAACUGGGAAACACCAGCCGACGUUCGUGAUCGCAUUCGGGCCAACUUUCGGCGCCAUGGACGAGAGUACCGCAUUCCUGAGACGACCUCAUAUCCCCCUGCAGAUUUCAUCGUUGCACCCAUGGAUGCGCUUCGUGACUCUCCUGUGCGGUUCUGGGAACAAGGUGAGACGAGCUCAGAUAGUUUUCUCGCUUUCUCGCAGCCGGCCUUAAUUUCAGGAAUGUUGUUGGAUCAAGUCAGACCAGCCUCAUGCAUAGAAACAUCGGGGCAAGCAGCACUGGCAACCACAACAGCAAGCCGUGGCAAAAUGAGGAGUGAGAGCAGACAAGGAGUCGCAUCAUCAUCGUCGUCAUCAUCAUCACCAAUCACCAUCAUCAACGACAUCAUCAUCAUCAUCAUCAUCUUCAUCCGCAUCAUUAUCAGCAUCCAAAUCGCUAUCCUCGUAAUCAUCCUGAUCAUCAUCCUCAUCAUCCCCAUCAUCCCCAUCAUCAUCGUCAUCAUCGUCCUCAUCAUCAUCAUCAGCUGCACAAUCAACAUCAUGGUUUCCUCGUUAUCCUCAUCGUCAUCGCCACGGCAUCAAUAG